UGUUUACGCUGUCACUGUUGUUUUCUUCAUUUUUUCUAUUUAGUAGUUGUAGCAGGUUGUACUCAUUCCACUAUUCCCUUUAAUCUGUAUAACUUAUUCAUCAAUUUUGAUACCAAGUGUUUAAUAAAAGUUAUUGAAGUGAAAAUAGUUAAGGAAUACUAAUGUCUAAUGUGUAACUGUAAAACUAUUUAGGCCAAGAUAUUUCAAAAUAUAUUGUGAUAAAGAAAAUGGAUCACAUAUUUACUAUUAACAAAAAGCUAAGUAAAUCUGUGGAUCCUAACAAACAUCUUGCAUUCAACAAGUUAGAAAAAUCAACAAUUUGUUCAGUUUCCAGUACAAAUGUGGUGGCUUUUAGCACUGAAUGCAAUAUUGAUGAAGUAAAUUCAUUAUUCUGGAGCUCCAAUGUAUAUGUUUGUGAUUUAAAUAGCCCGUGGCAAGUCCAUAAGAUUCUGUCAAAUCCAUCUCCAGUAUCUGUCUUACAGUGGGAUUUCACAGGUGAUCUACUACUAGUAGCUGAUGAAAAUGGUUCCAUAAAGAUAUAUAAAGCUAAAGAGCAUAUUUUAAAUGACUGGACACUAGUUCUACAAACUGUACUAGAAGGUGAACAUAUCUUGGCUGCCGCAUUCUUCCAUUCAGGCAAAAAAAUUUGUUUGAAUUCUGAAAAAAAAGAUAGUUCUUUGUAUAUCGAAAAAUUCCAUCAUGUCAAGUUUGCUUGUUCUGUUAAACAAUUCGGAGGACGUCCAGCCAGUGGGGCUCUUUUACUCACAACAACUGGAAUGUUGUGCUCAAUUCUUCUCCCACAAUCCACUAGUCAAGUACCCAUGGUUAUAUCUACUGAAAGUUUGGCCCCAACAAGGAUAUUUGUGAAAGCUGCUGACAUUUGUUAUGGCAAAAAUGGUCAUUUUCUACUAGCUGUUAGUAAUGGAGAUCUUUCUAUGCCAAUUCAGUGCUAUAAAGUAUCAGUAAGAAAAGUUGAAGAUAAAUGUGUGAUCACAAGUCAGUCAUUACUAAGUUUCUUUUUAUUUGAGGCACCUAAAGAAGCACUAAUGGAACAGGUAGCUAAAGAAAAAAAUUGUCACAUCAGUCAUAUAAAGUGGAUAAUGAGGGAAGACGCAGACUCAGUUGUUGUCGCUGCUAGCAGCGAUAAAACUAGUUGUUUGCAGGUUUGGGAGUUGAGAGAAAAAGCGUUACCAGUUCAUAAAUCUUUAGGUAAAUCUGAAACUCCUCAAUUUUUCAAUACAGUUCUUUGGCAGUAUCAGUGUCACUUUCAGUACAACAGUAAAGUGACCUCAUUAGCAACAAGUAAAUUAAGCUUGCUUAACAACGUUUCCAGUGGUUACGUUGUGGCCACGUUUUCUGAUAAUUCCAUCCAUUGUCUUUACAGAGAUACUUUGAAACAUCUUGUCAGUACAACAUUGAAUAUUUGUCCACGGUAUUCUGACGAACCUUUGGCUAGAUACCCUAAAACAAGUAUCAAAAUUUCAAACAUUGAUAUGUCUUGGCUAGGGAACAUUUUAUUAGUUAUUGAUUCAGAUGAUAGCCUACACAUGUUUAAAUUACCUCCACAAAUUGAUAGCUCAACUCCAUUGAGUGUGCCAUAUUGUACUACAAUUUUGGAGUACUGUAUGAUGAGCGGAUUCGAUUGGUUGGAUUUAUUGUUGGUUCUGAGACCAGGCAUGUUGGACGCUUUGUGUGAUAGACUGACAGAAAGCUUCAAUCGACAACCAGCUUCUGUUCAACAAUUCUUUUAUGUACAGUACUUGUGCAUGAAGAUCUCUUUGUGCAGAUUGAGCAUACAAGGGCAAACCAAAGCCAACGACCUCACUCAGUUUUUAAUGCUCCACAGUAUCUCUACAGCUUUCAAGAGUCUAUUACGUCCUAGUGAGAUGAGUAGUCAUGACAAAAGUCCCGCUGAUUCGCUAGCAAAUGUUAUAGCUGAAGGCCAAACCGACGUGGACAAAGUCCUCAUGCACCUAGAAGCCAAAGAAUUUACGGUCGAACCGUCAACACUUCAAAGUUUGCAGCAAUUAAUCCAGUGGGUGGCUGACUUGGCUCUUAACUUGCUGGUGAAGUUACCAGAUAGCCGCCCCAUUAUGGGAAAACCGUACGAGUUGUUGAGAGAUGUCAAAGCCUUGAACAUGCUGAGAGAGAUGUUGGUGCUGAUCAGAAUUUGGGGUUUAUUAAGACCUGCUUGUCUUCCGGUUUUUAUCAAGUCUGACGGUAGUUUGGAUGUUUUAGCGUUGCUGUUUAGAUUGUUGAGCAGAUUGGUGCAGAACGUGAAUGAACCAGAUGAUUCGCUAAUUGAUGAAUGUUGUCUUCUGCCGAGCCAAGUACAAAUUCAGCUUCUUCAGCCGUCAAAUAAUCGGACCGUGUUGGCCUCUCCUCAAUUGGUACAGCAGAUUCUACCCCUACAGCUAGAAUUUAACAAUGACCCAGAAUGUCUUAUGGCUUCAACCGACUCAGGGACCACGCAGACUGUUGAUUCUAUUAGGCACUUGUACUUAGGGCGGACACCUAGAGCGAUUAAACAAUGUGUAAGGUGUGGAGGAUCCGCUGGAACUAUCCCUGUUACGAGAACGGCGGCUAUAAGAGCAUGGGACCAAAGAUGGCUUCGAUCUUGCCAAUGUGGAGGUUUGUGGAGAAUGCAAGUAUACACAUAAAUCAAGUUGGAAUUUUUAUGGAGGAUCUAUUAAAACGCUGUGAAGUGAAUUCGUUGUUACAGGGCCCAUAUUACUGACAUGUAUAUAAUGAAAGAUAAUUUUGUAUGAAUGAAGACUAUAAGACGUAUAAAAAUA